AUGACAAUGGAGCAAUUAAGAACUUAUCAUUCAUCUGAUCUUGAAUCAUACUGUCCAGGACACCCAGAAAAUGAGCAUCCAGGUAUUGAAGUAACUACUGGACCUUUGGGUCAAGGUAUAACGAAUGCAGUUGGAUUAGCGAUAGCCUCCAAAAAUUUACAAGCCACUUAUAACAAGCCAGAAUUUUCAGUUGUCUCUAAUCAUACUUUCUGUAUUAUUGGUGAUGCUUGCUUGCAAGAAGGUGUAGCAUUAGAGGCAAUUUCACUUGCAGGUCAUUUAGGCCUAAAUAAUCUUACUGUUAUUUAUGAUAAUAAUCAAAUUUCAUGUGAUGGCUCAGUGGAUUUAACCAAUACAGAAAAUAUUGAAGAAAAGUUCAAAGCAUGUAAUUGGAAUGUGAUUGAGGUUGAAGAUGGAUGUUAUGAUGUUCUUGCAAUUGUAGAUGCUCUAGAAUCUUCCAAAAAAUCAGAAACCAAACCAACUCUAAUUAAUGUUCACACGAGCAUUGGGGUUGGUUCCAACGUGGAAGGAAAAGCUGCAGCACAUGGAGCGGCUUUUGGCCAGGAAGAGGUCGACCGAUUACAUAAAGCGAAUGGCUUUAGACCAGAAGAAAAGUUUUUCAUCCCAAAAAAA